UUGACACCAUAUACCAUUGAGAUGUGGCAGCUGCUGGUUGUAUUAUUGGUUCUAUGGCUAGGCGAAAUGAACCAAGUAAAUGCUUUGCCCUCGCAUUUACAACCACUUAGCUAUAAUCUAACAAUAUCCACUCAUUUAAAUGGUGGCCCAAAUCAGAAUCGUUAUGUGGGCUUGGUGUCCAUUCGACUCUUAGUUGUCGAGGAGACGCGUCAGGUGAUUUUAAACUAUCGUGAUAUAUCAAUAUCGGUAGAGCAUACCAUGCUAAUACGAAUUUCAAGUGGACUUCGCAUCGGAAUUGCUUUUACGAAAAGCCUUGAAGCCUCUGAUGAAUAUCUCAUUGAAUUCAAAAAUCGUCUCUGGAAGGAUGAGGAAUAUACUCUACAUAUGGUAUUCUCUGGAAAUAUGGCCAAGCCACAGCGGAACGGGUACUAUGCCAGUUUCUACAAGGAUGAUAAUAGUAGCAUUGGCCAGAAAAUGUAUUCCAUAGCUCAAUUUGAACGUGAAUACGCACGCACUGCCUUUCCAUGCUUCGAUGAGCCGCAAUUUCGAUCAAAAUAUACCCUAUAUUUGGCACAUCAUUCGGACUAUUUGGCUUUAAGUAAUAUGCCAGCUGCCGAAUCUUGGAAACAUCCCGCCCUUGAUGGUUAUUUAUGGACGAGAUUCGAGGAAUCGCCUCCAUUAGCCACCCACAUGUUUACGUGGGCAUUGCAUCAAUUGGAUAUUUUGGCACAAACUAAAACCGAUGAUGGGACUAUGCUGACAAUAUGGGGUCGUCCUCAAUUUAAGCCUCAACUGAUUAAUGAAGUAAUUGAACAUACCAAGUUGCUAUUACCGAAAAGUGAGAGCUUAUUCGGUGUUCCUCUACCUUUGGGAAAUACGACAGAACGAAAAAUUGAUCAUAUCGUAUUACCACAACAUCCAAAAAUUUUAUAUAAGCGUGGUCUAUUGGUUUACAGAGAGAAUAUGUUGCGAAAAGGAACCGGACAGAAAUGGAAUCUUUCCGAAAUGGUUGCUGAAUACUUUGUACGUCAAUGGAAUGGGAUAUUAGUAAGUGCAUCAUCUUGGGCGGAGGCCUGGAUAUUCGAUGGUCUCACCGCGUAUUUGUCCAUACAAUUGGCUAAUCAAUUAAUGCCCUUGUCGGGAUACAAUCAGACACGUUUGCUGGAUCUUAAUCUGUGGGUUAAGCAAGAGGAUUCAAUGGCCCAUGCAGUGGCACUGAAAGGGCUUCCCACCAAUAAGCAGCAGGAAUCUUUGCGAGUAAGCAAACUCUGUCUGCUUUUCAAUAUGAUAAACUCGGUCAUUGGACUAAAGGUUAUGGAGACGGGCCUGAAAGCUUUUUGGCUAAAAUAUGCCAAUAAGACGGCAACUGGAAUGCAAUUGUGGACCGAAUUGCAGGACGCUGCCAGGCGAGCCCAUCUUCUGCCCAGGGGUAUCGAUCUGAAUCAUGUUAUGGACUCCUGGCUGAAUCAGCAAGGCUAUCCCUUGCUUGUGGUUAAUCGCAACUAUGAGGACAACACAGUGACCAUAACACAGCAACGCUAUACCGCUGUGACUUUGCCGGGCAACCCUUGCUGGUGGAUUCCCAUUACCUACAUGACUCAAAGUGACCGUACACCGCAUCAGGAGUGGCUUAGCUGCGACGAUGCUGCGCCCCAACUGUCAGCCAUUACACUUAAGAAUAUUAGUCGUCCCGAUGAAUGGGUACUGAUUAAUGUAAACGGCAGCAAUUUGCAACGCACUCUCUACGAUCUGAAAAACUGGGCGAAGCUGAAUCAGAUCUUAAGCACAGCUACUGAGCAGAUCCCACCCAUAAAUCGGGCCCAUCUCGUUGACGAUGCCCUCAAUUUGGCUUGGCAGGGCAUGCUGCCAUAUUCAGUGGCCAUGGGCAUUUUGGGCUAUCUAUCCAAUGAGACAAAUCAUUAUGUAUGGCAGGUGGCCAUACAUAAUCUUGAAAAGCUACACACGAUUAUGCAAACAACAACUGGCUAUAGGAUCUUUAGAACGUAUUUGAGAACCAUCGUUGAAGUGCAUUUCUGUACGAUUUUAAAGCAAUUGGAAAAAAAUGCAGGAAAACUAGAAAAGAAAUUUUUGCGCACUAAAGAAAAUUCAAGUUUAUUGCCAUCGCCCGACAUCCAAAUGUACACGUUCAUACCAAUUAUCUAUCGUCUGGCCUGUCAUUUUCAAUUGGCCGCAUGUGUAAAGGAUGCUGCGGAACGCUUCAAUGCCGCCGUCCUAGAUCCGUCAAAGGAAAUACCAGACGGACUACGAGAAACUGUCUACUGCAUGGCCGUGCGUUAUGGCAUGGAACUCGAAUGGCUUUUACUCCGUGAUAAAUACAAUGUCACCGAAACGAUCAGUGAACGACGAAUCCUGUUGAGGGCCAUGGCCUGCAGUGUAGACCAUUGGGCACUCGAGAAGCUGCUGCAAUGGAGUUUCGAUAGGGGCAAAGUGUCCAAGAUGCUAACCAUUGAUCUCUUGAGUGCUGUUGCACAUAAUAGUGUUGGUUUUAUACUGGUUAAAAAGUAUUUAUAUAACCACAUUGACGAUAUAAAGAGAAUGUACGAUAAUGACGGCAUCUUAGAAAUAUUGCAAUCAUUUGUGAAUGUGAUUAGCACCUGGGAGGAUUUGGAGGAUUUCAAGGACUUUGUACAAGAGAAUCUGCCACGCAUCUCAAAUUAUUCAAUUACAAACUUCUUUGAAGCAGCUACCGCCAAAGUGGAUUGGCGUCAAUAUCGUUACUAUGACCUCUUGAAAGCCAUUCGCGAAUUCACGAUCGCUUAUCUAGGAUAAUGACAAAAAACAAAAUCAGUUGUUGUUUUUCCAAAAAUA